UUAUAUAAAAGUAUUGUAGCAACAACAACAAGUGAACUUUUGGUGGUGUUUAGAGAAGUUGGAUAUAAAAGGAUGCUGUGCAAUCAAGGAUAUAGAACAUUUCAAUUUUAACGCGUACACGCGCGGAGCGUAUAAAAUAACGGAGCCACGGAAUAUUUGGAAUAAUUAAAUGACAAGUGAAAAAUCUUAUGUAACGGACAGCAUAAAGUGAAAAAAUUAUAAAUUAUUCGAAGUAAUUAUACGUCGUUUGCAGUCAACAUGGUGUACGACAUGACGCAUAUGAUGCCUGCACAAAGCAUCUCACUGGGUCGCUAUUAUCUGCACGAUCUCAAUGGUAGCGCUGAAAACCAUGAUUAUGUUUUGGAUAUAGAUCGACGCUUUCAGGCGCGCAUGGCUUGUGAGACCAUGCCACAGGCCUCACCACCACCGCCACCAACACCAGCACCACGACGCCGCACAACACCCAUAGCGCACCUGGAUCCCUCGGAAUUGGUGGGGCUGUCACGUGAAGAACGACGCCGUCGACGACGCGCCACACUAAAAUAUCGCACCGCACAUGCAACACGCGAACGCAUACGCGUCGAAGCGUUCAAUGUCAGCUUUGCGGAGUUGCGCAAGCUACUGCCAACACUGCCGCCGGAUAAGAAGCUGUCAAAAAUCGAAAUUCUCAAAUUGGCCAUAUGCUAUAUAGCUUAUUUGAAUCACGUGCUGGAAACGCCAUAAACUACGCGGCUGUUUUAUUUCUAUUAAAUGUUUGGGAAAAUCAGUUGCAAACUCUACUUUAUUUUUGCCAAUAAUUUAAGCUGCAUUGUGAUACCAUUUAAUUUAAAA